GUGGUCGAAACUCGAAACCGUUUUCUCGGAUUUCAAAUCAAUUUGGGGCUUUCGAGUUUGUGAUGUAAAUCGAUAUCUGGGUUUCGAAUAAUUGCUGUAAAUCGUCAUGGUCGUUUCAUUUAGGGUUCGUUUCUCUGAGAUUUCAAAUCGAUAGAGGGAUUUCGAGUAGGGUUAUAAAUUGAUUCAGGGGUUUCGUUUAAUAAUUGUAAAUCCUCAAGAGGGUUUGAUAUAGGGGUCGUUUAUUAUAUUGUUUGGAUUUUAAUGUUCUAAAAUAGAUUCGAUUUGUUUUACAGAUGGAUCUCUCAGAAGAGAGAAAGCAUUCAAAGAGGCGAAAGGACUACAUCAACAUGCUUUCAUACACUUGCGAUUCAGAAUACGGGAUUCCGAGAAGGUGUUCCUGUGGUGGGAGAAUCAUCGACGAGGUUCGAGUGAAGCAGGAGUACGACACUCUUCCUGGGAAGCGUUUCUUCACCUGCGCCAACUACGAGGCUGAUGGGUUUCACUAUCGUCAGCCUUGGGUGAUUGGUGUCCAGGAGCAGAUCGAAAGCUUGACUAAGCGUCUGGAGGAGGCUGAGGAGGUGAUGAAGUUCGUACCGAGUCUGAAAAACCAGAUUAAGACACUAGAGGCACAGGCUAAAGGGCUCACUCGGCAGGUUGAUCGCCUCACUGCGGAGGUUUAUAACCUCACGGUGCAAGUAGCUGACCUGGAGAAGCUUUGCUUCGAAUAACCACCAGAGGUUAGAGUCCAUCUUAACUGAACUAGAACUACGCGUUUUGGUUGCUUCGUAGCUAGACGUUAACUAGAACUGAAGUAGGUUGAGUAGAGCUUUAAAUGAUCUGAACUAGCUAGAGUAUAACUCGUACUUGAAUUUGCUUUAUCAUUCAUUGUUGUGUUUGUUGGUUAAAGUUUAAAAAUUGUUCUAGUUAAAUAAAAAUGAUUUGAUGUGUAAUGAAUGCUAACUGUGAAUAAGUUGUUGUGUAUUAAAAUUUAGUUGUUGUGUAAUUAACUAUGGUUGUUGUUGUGUAAUUAACCUAAGCGAAACUAGUUUAAAACAUAGGGAAUCCACUUAUAAAAACACAAACAAUCCACCCUUAAAAAUGACUAAAACCUCUAAACAUCAAAGAAAACCAAAACAGAAAAUGGACCCUUUUUCCCUACACUCUCCCGGGUUUGUUAACCUGUUAGCCUCACAGAGCAGUCCACCACUAGACGUAGACUCUGCUGAGGCACCUGUUACCUCUCCCGGGUUAGUUAAACCAGUGGAAAAGAGAAAGUGGUCAAUCAAAGAAGACAUUGUGUUGAUCAGUGCUUGGUUGAACACCAGCAAGGAUCCCAUUGUCAGUAAUAAACAGAAGUUAGGAUCCUUUUGGAAGAGGAGAUGGGAGUAUUUCAAUUCGAGUCAUCACCUCGUUGGCUCCCUUCCAAGACACUGGAGUCAAUGUAAGCAGAGGUGGGGAAGGGUGAAUGCGGAGGUCUGCAGGUUUGCGGGAUGCCGUGAAAGUGCGUUGAAGGAGCAAUCGAGUGGCCAAACAGAGAAUGAUGUCAUGAAGGCUGCGCAUGACAUCUACUUCAAUGACUAUAAUGUCAAGUUCACUCUUGAACAUUGCUGGAGGGAACUUCGGUUCGAUCAGAAAUGGAGAUCACACUCUCAGCCGAAGGAGAAAAGUAAGGAAGGUGGUCCGCAAGUGGUGGCUGACGAGGAAGAGGUUAGGCCUCCGGGUGUUAAAGCUAGGAAAGCUGCCAAACGCAAGAAGCCAAACGAAGCAGCUUUUGAUCGGAUACAAACCAUCCUAGCUCAAAAAAACACCCUAUCCAAACAAAAGAUCCUAGAUCGCCUCUUAGCCAAAAACAUAGACACACUUUCUGAUCAUGAAGUGGCUCUUAAGAAUAAGCUAAUCUCUGAAAUGCUUUGAUUUGGUUAGUGUAUUAGCUUGUUUUUGUUUAUUCAAUCUGUUUUCCUUUCUUUGAGUAGUAGCAGUGUAUUUGGUUAGUGUAUUAGCUUGUUUAUUGAUUAUGUUCUCUUCUGUGUUGCAGGUCACGGGUUGGAAGGUUGCGGGGUGUUGCAGGUCACGGGUUGGAAGGUUGCGGGGUGUUGCAGGUGAAGGAUUUUGUUUGUUUCUAUAUGUUUAUUGCGGAUGUACUAUGUGUAGGACUUGAUGUCUUUUGGCUGUUGAUUCACGGAUGUAGCUAUGUCUUUAUAUAAACUAUGUCUUUCACUUUGUCUUUCACUUUGUAAAACAAUCUCACGGAUGUAAAACAAUGUCACCUCUCUUCUCUUGUCUCUUCUCUUCUCUUGUGUCUGUCCUCUCUUCUCUUGUCAACAAUCACAUAUCCAAAACCUAAUCUCUCCCUUCAAGCAAGCUGAUCGUGGUGCUCAAACAUCAAACUUGAAGCUUCAAACUUCUCUCUUGUAGUAGUGAAUUUAACAACAAACUUCAAGCUCCAAAUCAAGGUAAGUGAUAAUGAAAAAAGAUGAUAGAAUAAAGGAAAAAAAUAUAGAUUUUGAUACAAAAUAAUACACUAAUGAGAAAAAAAAUAUAGCUUAUGAACAAAAUAUGAAAGAAUAAUGCAAAAAAAGUUAGAUUAUGAUAAAAGAUGAUAUAAUGUGAAAAAAUAUAGAUUAUGAAAAAGAUGAUAUAAUGUGAAAAAAAAAUUAAGAUUAUGAUAAAAGAUGAUAUAAUGUGAAAAACAAAUUAAGAUUAUGAAAAAAGAGGAUAGAAUAAUGAAAAAAAAUAUAGCUUAUGAAAAAAUAUGAUAGAAGAAUGAAAAAAAAAUAUAGCUUAUGAAAAAAUAUGAUAGAAGAAUGAAAAAAAAAAUUACAAUUUGAUAAAAGAUGAUAUAAUGUGAAAAAAUAUAGAUUAUGAAAAAGAUGAUAGAAUAAUGGAAAAAAAAUAUAGAUUUUGAUAAAAAAUGAUACACUAAUGAAAAAAAAAUUAUAGAAAUAUGUACAAUUAAUUAAAUUUUAGUUACAAAUCUCCUUUUGUCAUUUUAGGAAAAAAAAAAACCACCCAAUGUCUUCCUCAUCAAGUGAUGAAGUUGAUGAAGCUUUAGAAGAAAUGGUCGACCAAGUAGUUGAUAAUUUCAUCGACUCAGUGAUUCAUCCUCACCCCAACAAGCCGAGGAGACGAGCUUAUAUCGAAAGAGAUCGGGAACAAGGACACAAUCAACUAUGGAACGAUUAUUUCAAGGAAAAUCCUACAUACCCACCGGAAAUGUUUAGGAGGCGUUUUCGAAUGAACAAGCCAUUGUUCCUUCGCAUUGUCGAACAUAUAAGUAAUGAAGUUCCAUACUUUCAGCAAAUACGAAAUGCUUGCGGAAGGAACGGGCUAUCUGCACUUCAAAAAUGUACGGCAGCUAUACGUAUGCUCGCAUAUGGUCAAUCGAGAGAUACAUAUGACGAAUAUCUCUGACUUGGUGACAGUACAGCACGUUUAUGUUUGCAAAAUUUCACUAAUGCAAUAAUACAAUUGUUUGGAGAUGAGUAUCUACGAAGACCUACACCUGAGGAUCUUCAACGAUUACUCGAUAUUGGAGAGGUACGCGGGUUUCCAGGGAUGAUAGGCAGCAUCGAUUGUAUGCAUUAGGAGUGGAAAAACUGCCCAACGGCUUGGAAAGGUCAGUACACACGUGGUUCAGGAAAGCCGACAAUUGUCUUAGAAGCCGUGGCAUCACAGGAUCUUUGGAUAUGGCACGCAUUUUUCGGAUUACCAGGUACCCUCAACGAUAUCAAUGUUCUUGAUCGGUCACCAGUUUUUGAUGACAUCUUACAAGGUCGAGCACCUAAAGUUAAGUUCAAGGUCAACAACCACACUUAUCGUAUGGCCUACUACCUUACGGACGAAAUUUAUCCGAAUUGGGCAACAUUUAUCCAAUUCAUCCUACUUCCUCAAGGUCCUAAAGCAAAGCUAUUUGCUGAACGUCAAGAAUCCACCAGAAAAGAUGUCGAACGGGCUUUUGGAGUAUUGCAAUCGAGGUUUGCAAUUGUUAAAAACCCAGCUCUACUAUGGGACAAGGAAAAGAUAGGAAAGAUAAUGAGAACUUGUGUCAUAUUGCACAAUAUGAUAGUAGAGAACGAACGACACGGAUACGCUCAAAUUGAUACAUCUGAGUUCGAGUCAGGAGAGUCAAGCAGAAGUUCGAAGGUGAAAAGGAGAGAAAGUAUCCAUGUCAGUGAUAUGUUAGGCAUUCGCAGAGAAGUUCGAGAUACAAAGAAGCAUGAUCGUUUGAAAGCUGAUUUAAUGGAAAAUAUAUGGAAAAAGUUUGGUAAUGAAGAUGAAUAAUGUUUGUAUGUUUGUAUGUUCUCGAUUUAUGUAAUCUACUCUUAAUGUAUUGAAUAAAAAGUUUUAAAAUAUUUAUAAUAUUUUUUAAUAUUUUAUUCCUGUAUUCUCAAUAAUUUGAUUUUUUUUUUUGAAAAUAUAAAUAUUAUUAUUUUAUUCCUAUGAACUCCUUCUUCAGGUUCACUAAUGCAGAAAACAAUAGAUACAGGUUCAUAACUAUUCAUGGACCCACCAAAAAAUAUUAAAAAACUCUUAUGAACCCCAAGGGGGGUUCACUAAUGCUCUUGCUCUAAGCAUCUUCGUAUAUCUAGUCCACACACGUUUGAUUUGACUAUGCGCUUACUCUUACACCAAAGACAUUCAAGAGACAUCUCAUCCGAAAAUGCCACGCGUCAAUGAAGCUGUGGCUGAGAUUGACUACACAGUUCACGUCAGCUUACUAGAAACCGCUUCAUGCUUGUCUUCACACUUUUGCCACUUCUUCUUUAAUCUUUCCUGAACGUUUGAUGAUACGGAGAAGACACUGCUUGGUGUAGUGUAGAGAGAAAGAGAGAGCUAUGGAAGCUUUGAAAGUCGCUAGCUUUUCUCCUAUGUCAGUUUUAUCCGAAAAGAGAUCAGAACCACGGAGACCCUUCUCACUCCCUAGCAUCUUUCCACCAAAGAAGACCCCAACCCAAUCUCCAUGGAAAGCUUCUUCAAGAGCUUCAAUGGCGGGUUGGCUCUACUAACUUCUGUUCUAAGCAAUGCAAUAGCUCCUGCAAAUUCUCUGACGUACGAGGAAGACUUGCAACGAUGGAAGCCUUGCAACGAUCUAUUGACCACUUCUUCAUCUUUUGACUUAGACGGUUUGAUCUAUAGGUUGAGGAUCGAUGAUAAUGAUACGGUCGAUGACUUUGCGGUAAAUAUAUCGGGCCUACCCUCCAAAGCAGCCUCGUUAGGAGAUAACAUAGAAGAGUCCAAGAUGGUGAAGAAAUUCUUGAAGGGACUUCCGAGACAAAAUUACAUCAAGAUCAUAGUCCCUUUAGCAAGUCCUAGACCUAAAUUCUACGGUUUUUAAGGAUAUAGUUGGAAGGCUAAAGGCCUGUGAGAAGCGUGUAGGGGAAGAAACUCAGAAAGAAUACCAAGGGAAACAUAUGUUUCCAAAUAACGGCUAGCAUAGUCAGAGGAACUACGAGAGUUUCCGUGGUAGAUGUAGAGGACGGAAUGAAAUAGGCAGAGGACGAGGUUGGUUAAACAACCAAAACCAUGUCACACACCAUAGAUAAAAACUCUAAGAAGGAUCGUCCGAAGGUGAUAUGUUGGAGAUGUGAAAAUCCAUGUCACUAUCAACUGUCUGUUCCGGGAAACCAAUAAAGAAUCAAGAAACCAACAUAAACGAGACACUAGAGACCGGCACCCUUUACGUACACGAGGUUGUGUUCUUGAAUAAAGACAAACUGAUUCCGAAGAAUCUUGAUAUCGACAAAGGCAAUGCAAGUGUUUGGUAUUUGGAUAAUGGAGCGAGUAAUCACAUGACAGGAAACAAGAAGUUCUUUUCGAGUUUCGAUCAAAACAUCAAAGGUAAGGUGAAGUUUGGUGAUGGAUCGUGUGUUGACAUUUUAGGAAAAUUUGUGGUUACCUUUGUGUGCAAGGCUGGUGCAAAGAAGGCACUCAAAGACAUAUAUUAUAUAUCUGAUGUGAACCAUAACAUAUUGAGUCUUGGAUAAGCAACAGAAAACAGAUGUGAGGCUAAAAUGAAAGCCGUCUAUUUAACACUCACAAAUUCAUGUGGAAGAUUGCUUGUAUGUGUUACAAGAUCCCCAAACCGUCUCUACAAAACUCCGAUGGAGAUUAGCUAUCCGGAGUGUUUACAUGUCAGAGAUGAAGAUGCUACAUGGAGGAGACAUGCUUAACUAGGACAUGUAAGCUAUAGAGUGAUGAAAACAUGGUAAAGAAUGAGAUGGUCGUAGGAAUGCUGAGUGUAACACACGAAGAAAGCGUGUGUGACGUGUUAGGGUAUUUUUGUGUAGGAUCUUUGUGAGUACUACAGAACAAUAGAAGAGCUGGAAAACGAGCAAGAAUAGAGAGCAAAGAGAUGUUUUAUUGAUUGAAUGAGCAGGAAACUACAACGUUUGGUGUAUAAACCCUAGUUCUAGCCGUCUAUCUCUAAUCUCUUAGUCUAUGAAUGUCGAUCCUUUUGCUCUUGGGUAUGGGCUCCCCUUAUAUAGUUGUGGAGAUGUCGGUUAGGUAGGUUAAACUCUUCCAUAUUUGGAAAUAUGGAAGGAUCCCUUAAGUAGAAAAUUUCAAUUUUACCCGGAGAUGGAAGCAACGGUAGGAACCAGGUCUUUCUCUUAGUAGGAACCUGGAGGCCAGUAUCCUGCCCGAGGCCUGGGGGAUUCUUAUACCGGAUUAUUUUUUCCCAACAGCAUGCCCCUCAUUUCUUGAUUUCGUCAUCGAAUUCGGGAGAUAACCUAUGCACUUGAGUCAAUCGGAGCUGCUCUCUCUCGGCAGGCCUCCCUUAGGCGUGAUAUUGAUUCAGUUAUUCCGUUUCACAGGUUCUUCUUAGGCCUGAAUCGUGUUUGAACCUGGAGGAAAGCCGGCAUUCCCAUGAAUAAAUCGGAGUCCAUAGUUGAUAUCCGUAGGUGCUAGACCUGUUUGGAGAUGAUCUUGCAGGGCUCGAAGCCCUGGCUCCUCAUUUUUGUUGAUGAUAGGACUAGUAUGCAGGGUUCAUGACCUGGAAUGGCCCUCGUAGGUUGACGCAGGACUAGUCGAAGGGAUGUUCUUCGCUUCAGUGAGCAUAAGAUAGUCGCUAUGUUCAGCGGCCAGGCCCUUGGUCUUGAUGCUGGAGGGAUGUGCUCCAUCGGAGCUUUACCUCUAUGGAUUCGGGGGUUUGGUCGAUCAACUCAGCUUUAAUGUCUCUGAUUUUCCUUCCAUAUUUUCGAACUGGCUAAAUCUAUUUCCUCGUUCGAUUUUCGUAAAAAAAGGGGGUUUUGAUUUGAAUUUUGAAAUCUCCCCUUUCUUCUUUUAUUUUUUUAAGGGGAUCGAGGUUAGCAGCUUUCUCGAGAAUAUCAACGACUCUUAAUUUAAAUGCCACCCUUUCUUUUUUCACUCCAUAAUCGCACAGCUCGGUCUUGGCUUCUUCACCUUUAGGUACCAUUUCUCACUCUUUCUCUCUAGGAUUAGGUAGAUCGUGAUUUUCCAGUCGUUUAGGUGCGUAGGUCAAUUCUAUCCUCUCUCAUCCUCUAGUUUAUUGGUCAGGAGACGAUUCACAUAUGUCAAAGCGCACUGGUUCUUCCAUUCCUCUAACAGUCGAGAAGGUCAAAUCGAAGAGGAGAAUGGAUUCUCCCAUCUCCAAAUCCGAUAGUUCAUCAGAUCCGCACGACGAAACUGAGCAUAACCUCUUGGCUCCAGCUACAUUGUCUUACGCCCCUCUGAUUCCACCUCUGGUGGGUCCCGCGUCGUUGGUGGGGGAUGACGAUUUUGCAGAAUGGCGGAAGAAAUAUCUACUCCCUCCUUCUGCUGUUCUCCGUGCAUCUAGCUCGUCUGAGCGGGCUUAUAACUGCAUGCCGUAAGAGAUCACCGUUUACGAAGCCUUCUUUGAUUCGGGAUUCAGAGAAGAAGUGCCAUCGAUUAUCGCAGAGUUAUGUGAUUACUUCCGGAUCUCACCUUCUCAACUCAACCCUCUCGCUUGGAGGAUUCUCAUUGCUAUUCAGAACUUGGAGGACGUAAAGUGCCUCCCCUUGGGUGUUAACAAGGUGCUCUACGCUUAUCAUUUAGCCCCCAUCAGCGGUGGCGAGGUUCAUUUUCAUCUCCGCCCUUGCAGCGGUUUGCCGAUCGUAGAGGAACUUUCGAAGAAUGACCGUAAAGCUAAUGUCUUCAGGAAGAAAUGGCAGGAGAGAUAUGCUUUUAUGAUCCUUCCAGGAUCCUUUGAUCGAUGGAAUUUCGUAGAUAGGUAUAUGAUACGAUAGGUGGCUUAUCUCGACCUGCUGAUUGACAUAUCUGAACUUUUGUGUGCAGCUGGAACUCAUCAUGCUCUUUCGGAGGGAGAAAGUAACGUUCUUCGCACGUGAACGCUUCCCCUCGAACGCCGUCAGGUGGUGUACUUUCUAACCUCAAAGGUGUUGCAACGCACUAGGCUGUGGGGUAAGUUUCCUUCUUUCUUUUUCAAUAUGCAAAUCUCGAAUCGAAUAUUUAACGACUCCCGCCUUGAUGUUAAUUUUCAGAUAACAUGUCAGGAGACGCUGCGCAAUAUCUGAUGGUCGCUUUCCAGGAGGCGACAAAGGCGGUGUCGGUGAAAAAGGAUCCGUCAGCAAGGAUACCUCGGAUGAUGAUAUGACGAUCACCGAGAGCAGGCGCAAGACAGUGGUGAAAGUAGAACCAACUUCUUCGUCUCAGGGGAAGAAUUCAAAGGAUGGUGUACUUACGAGGUCAGCUCGUCAAUCAAGCCGAUAUUGGGCACUCUUCUGGUGGGCUAUCCACUGUUCUCUCCAACUUGAACUCCAAAGUAUUUCUUCAGGAUCAGACUCAUCUUUCGGAGGGAGAACCUUCGGAGGUGAUUCAAGUUUUCCAUGGCGGACUCCUUCGGGUAAGCAGGAUGUUUAAUUGGUCUUUAUUUUUAGUCUUUUGAUAUACUCUCGUCUGAUGAUAAUUUUGCAUUGCAAUAGAAUUUUUCUCAACUUCACCAUUUAGGAGAGGGAUUGUUGGAAGAGGGCUUGUCCUCUAAUCGGGAAGAACUGGAAAAGCUAAUUUGCCAGCUGUCUAAAGAGAAAGGCAAAUGCGCGGCCAGGGAAAUGGAGAUUUGCGAUCUUCAGGCGAAGGUCAAGGCCCAAGAGUCCAUGGUGGAGGCGUCCUCGGCUGAGGCGCUUACCCUAGGCAAGGAAAAACAGGAACUAGAGAAAAUCAUGAGCGACCUUAGAAAGUCAGCGGAGACUUUUAUGUACGAGAUGGUGAUGGCCGUGAAUGGGGCGAGGAUUACCGCUCGCUGGGAGCUAAUGAGAGAGUGGCUCAGGCGUUAAACCGGCAAGUGGAAUUUGGCCAAGGAGAUGGAUCAGUACAAGACCGUAGUUUUGGCAGAGGCUAACAUCAAGGGCGUCGUUCCUCCUACAUUUGAGGAUGAGCCGGCUAUCCCUUCUGCUUCGGAUAUGGAGGUGGAUUUUUCUGUUAAGCCGGACAGAUUCUCUACAUGAAGGCUUAGACCAUUUCCAAUAUAUUCCCCUAUUUUUACCUCUAAAAUAAAGAAAUUCUAUAAUAGAGAUGAGUUUUGCUCCAAUGUAUUUUUCUAAAAUAGAGACCUCCAAAUACAGAAGAAUGCUAUUUAUUCCUCUAUAAAAAAAGAGAAAAAAAUAGCAAUCUCUAUUUUAGAGGCAAAAAA